UCGACAGGACAAAUACGUGUUGCUUCAGUGUGAAUUAGAUUAAGUGUUAGAAUAGUGAAUAAUCGUAGUCUAUCGAGAGAGUCGCAAUCGAGAAGUCACCGAGUGAACAAUUGAUCAUCAGGACACUCCGUUGAGGACCCAUCGAGGACGAAGUCCAACUAUUCUCGAAAUACAGUUGAUACUGUUUGAGGGUGUGUGUAACCCGUAACCAUGAGUUCAAAGAAUUUAUAAAAGCAGAACUGACAGCAAGCAACGUGGAAUUUGGAAGAAAAAUCAAAUCUGCUAAGGAGAGCAUCUUAUACAACCUGGCCCAGAAGAUGAAUGAGUUAAAACUGGCAGUACUUGCACAAAAUGUCCCCCAAGUGCCACAAGUUCCAGUUGAAGAGUUGGUGAUGGCUGUAGGUACAAAACUACCAAUUGAGGGUCUAGAUGAUUGUUUAGUGUUCGAGGAGCAACUUAAGACUGAUGAUAAGAAGAAAACUGCACUGACCGCUUUAUUCCGUUACCUUUGUUCCACUCAAACCACGGUCAAAACAUGUAUCAACAACGUUUUAACUAAAAUUAUGAAAAAAGCUGUGCAAUCCCAGUAUUCAGGAAAAGGGAGGAAGGUGGGGCAAGGGAUGUGGGAAACUUGAUUUUAGCAACACAUCCACGUUCAGUUGUUUCCAAGUGGCUGUCAACGACAAAUUCAAAAAUUCGAAAGAGGUUGCAAAAUUGUCGGGGCAAGUUGGAUAUUGGCUGGUCCAUGCUGGUGAUCGAGAAGGAGGUCGUGCUGAACGUGCAAAAAACGAAUAAUAAUGGACUAACUGAUAACUGAUUGACCAUCUGCGACUACAACUACUUUGAAGUAUUUCAAUGCAUAAAUAAGUGCAUUUGUUUAGUUAUUCAAUAAUGUUAUUAUCUAUUUAUGUGUUUAUUAUUUUAUGCGUUCAAAGUUCACCAAAAAAACGUCGUUGAAUGGCUCGCUUUUUCAUAAGCUCAUAUAUUGCAGCAAUAUUUCAUAUUCUAUUUUAUCGAUUUAAAAAGAAUAGUUUUUUUUGCAGAAAUAAGAGUAUUCUUCAAAUUCGGAAAAGUCUGAAGAAAUUAUUUAUAAAUUAACAAUAUGUUAAUUUACUAUGAAGAAUAAUUUGUGGGUGGGUUGUUCAAUAAUUACGAACAAAGAUAACGCAAAAUGAUUCCUGAUGCAGUACUGAUUGAUUAUAAUUAAAAAGACAAAUGAAAAGAAAAUCAUUAUUUCAAAUAAUUUGAAAAUUAAUUAUUCUACCCAAGAUCGGGCCUACCCUUCGGGCCGAUCUCACUGGCGAUCAUCGGUACGAUCGGCCGCUAUCUUGGGCCGACCCUCGGAUCAAUCCGGCCACUCUACGUGGGUUAGGGUCUCACAAAUAAAAAAAUUAUCAGCCUAGAAAGCUAGGCGAUAGAAGUGAAGCUGCAUGGAUCUCAAUGGGCACUUGAAAUGAAGAUACACACCCUAGCCAGCAAGUUUUAUGAGAUAGAAAUAUUUCCCCAAUAACCGAAACCACUAUUCAUUAUUCGGGAAUUUCUAAGGGUGUUAGGUUGAUGAAAAAAAGAUAGUUUACGUUUUCGCCGCAAUUUAUAAAAAAUCUAUUUAUUCACUUCCAUACUUUCAUAUUUAAGAAAAGAUACAAUUGGUUUGUGAUAUGACAAAUAUAAAAUGAAAACUCGUGAUUGUAAAUUAUUUAAAUGUCUUGAGAAAAUUGCAUCUAUUGUAGUGCCUGAUCUGGUUGUUGAGUCUUUGGGAUUAUUAUUCAUUUUUAAAUUAAAUUUACUGUCUAAAAAUUGUACAAGUGGUUGAGCUUUUUCCAAGGCAAAAUUUACAUUAAAAUCACCAUUUAAAAUCAUGGGCAUAGUGUUCAAAUCUUCUUCUAAUUCUGCUGCGCCAGAGGGAGUAUAUGCCAAUAAUGCUCUAUGUAUAAAUUUUGUGAUAUCGGUAAUUCUUUGGUUCGAUACUGCAGCGCAGCCUUAAUUGUUCUCUUGUUGAUGAGACCACUCAAAUGACUGGGCUUGCGAAUUUUCUUUUUCUUAAUGUGUAC